UCUAUGAGCCCCUUGGUGAAUCCGUCAAUUGCCGACGAAUCUACGGGUCGUGUUCCUCUGCAAAGGGGUAUUGACCGCUCAAGCUUGUUCCUAAACCGCUCCUCCUCUCCCUAUCUACGAGCCACUUGGUGAAUCCAUCAAUUGCCGACGAAUCUACGGGUCGUGAUCCUCUGCAAAGAGGCCUUGACCAUCGGAGCUUGUUCCUAAACUACUCCUACCUCUGCUUAUCUAUGAACUCUUUGAUGAAGCCGUCAAUUGACGACUAAUCUAUCGGCCAUGGUCCUCUGGGAAGGGGGCUUAACCAUCCGAGCAAAAUAAGAUCCCUUACCUGGCUCCUUAUUAUAAGCCUUUGAGGGACCUCAUCAGGGCUAUAAACUCGCCCAGUAACCGCCAGGACAAUCACGCUCUCUCUCCAACAGGUCCCAACAUUUAUACUCGCCAUUAAAGCUUGAACGCAAGGAAGGUCUCAAAAUCCGCCAUGGACACCGAUAAGUGCACAUCGUUAGCCCAUGCUGAGGACAAUAUAUUGUCUCAAGAAGGGAAAGUCGAUGUCACCAGCGUCGAGUAUCAACGGAUGCCAGAGUCACUUCUCAACCUCAGCGAUAGCGAAAUUAAGCGUCUCAACAGGCAACUUGUCCGUAAGAUGGACUUCUAUGUUCUCCCAACCAUUGGGAUCUUGUACAUUCUGAACUACAUCGACCGUCAGAAUCUGGCCGCCGCCAAGCUCCAAGGGAUCAUGGAAGAUCUACAUAUGACCACCGAACAAUUUGCUACUGCGGUCUCGAUACUGUUUGUGGGUUACUUGCCUUUUCAGAUUCCGAGCAACCUCAUCAUCACCAAAGUCUCACGCCCGGGCAUGUAUAUUUGCUUUGCUGUGACGAUAUGGGGCUGCAUUUCGGCGGCAACGGCAGCCGUCAAUACCUACGGCCAGCUGCUUGCGGUGCGGGCCAUUCUUGGAAUCGCUGAGGCGGUCUUCUUUCCCGGCGCAAUAUACUACCUUUCUGCCUGGUAUACGAAAACGGAGCUGGGGAAACGCAUUGCCGGCCUGUACAUUGCGCAGCAAGUCGGCAAUGCCUUUGGAGGGCUCCUCGCGGCAGCUAUUCUUCACCUUGACGGAGUACACAAUAUCGCUGGCUGGAAGUGGCUGUUCAUCAUCGAGGGCAGUGCUACGGUUGUCAUUGGCGUGAUAUGUGCCUGCAUCAUGCCCGAAUUCCCGCACAACAGUCGCAUCCUCUCGCAACUGGAGCGUGACAUUGCCGUAUGGCGCAUCGAGUCCGAAGCAGGUGCAGCAGAGGGCACGGAGGACGAGAGUGCGCUGGCGGGCUUUGUUGAAGCCCUGCGUGAUCCCAAGCUGUUACUCCUCAUCCUCUGCAAUAUGCUCUCACAGGCGCAAGGCUCCAUUGCCAAUUACUUCCCUACGCUAAUCGCUUCUCUCGGCUUCUCCAACACUAUCAGCCUACUCCUAACUGCGCCACCCUACAUUCUCGCUGGCAUAGUCUAUUAUGGGAUCAUGUUCUACUCGGAUCGCAAGAACACGGUCUACCCGAUAAUUAUCGUGUGCAUUACCAUUGCAAUUGGCAUGUACGUCAUUCCGAUGGUGACACUCAACGUUGGGGCGCGUUACUUUUCUAUGAUGAUUUUGCCCUUUGCGUCAGUCGGCCCGCAACUCCUCCUCUACAAGACGAUCAAUCUGCAUCUAGCACGACCAAUAUCGAAGCGCGCAGCCGCCUCUGCUCUGGUCAAUGCAAUUGGUGGCACGUCAAACAUUUGGGCUUCAUACUUGUACUAUGCGAAGCCGCAUUUCUAUGCCGCCUUUGGAACGCUGAUGGGCUGUGCCUUUUUGUUUGCGGCCACCAUCACCCUAUACCGCCGGCUAGUCUUGCGUGAGAACGAACGUCUGGAUUCGGGCGAAGCGGAGAAUAUUGCAAAGGUUGUCAAGGGUGGCGUCACAGAGGAAAUGGUGCAACUCAAUUGGCGCUACGAGAUGUACUGAUGCUGCUAGGAUACUCAGUUAGAAAAUCAGCGAUGUCUGCCUCCUG